GCAUGCGCGAAGAAAAUCGGUGGCGGCGGUUAGUCCCCGGGCAGUUCCAGUCCGGCGCUGCGGAAGUGAAUGGGCUUGUGCGGGGUCCAGGUGGCUCUGGCUCUCUUCGGCCUCUGUCUGCACACAGCGCCCACGAGCUUUCAGGAUUCUGGGGUUUUAGAAAGGAAUCUUGAGUCCUUCACUUGUUGAGUCUUCACUGAAAAUUGAAAGGUUUAGCAUUAGACUGAACAAACAACACCUAGAAGUGCAAGCAGACAGAUGUGGGUGAUUGACUCAUGGCCGCAGAUAAUCCAGUUCAUUCAUCCAGUAUUAACUAUAACUUGGACGCUUUCCUUAGACUUGGCAGGUCGGUUUUUCUUUGGUGGAUGACUUCACAAGUCAACCAUUCUUCUGGGACCCCACCCUGCUGUCAAGUUAAGAAAUCUUUUCACUCAGACAGGAUGACGCAUCAGUGGGAUGGCUGUUCACACACCAGAAAGGUGCUUGUGUUAGACAGGAACUUCCACAUUCUCUGGAGGGAUCUACUGUACUUGAAAACUUGCAGAAAAAUUGUACCUUGUAUAUAUUACAACACUAUUAUACCUGAAAUUGUUUUCUUCUCGGGAUGAAGAGAAUCGGGCAGAUAGUUAAAGAUGAAAAUCCAGUUCUUCAAGCAGUACCAAGAACAAAAAAGCAGAAAACUACUUUGCAUAAUGCAUUAUUUGACACUUCUCAUUCUUAUACCUUGAUGGACUGGGGUAGCUUGCCACACCAUGUAGUCUUGCACAUCUUUCAGUGCCUGCCUCUUGUUGAUCGUGCUCGUGCAUCUUCGGUUUGCAGAAGAUGGAAUGAAGUGUUUCAUAUACCUGACUUGUGGAGAAAAUUUGAAUUUGAGCUUAAUCAGCCUGCUACUUCAUAUUUAAAGUCUACUCACCCAGAUCUUAUCCAGCAGAUUAUUAAGAGACAUGCAGAUCACUUGCAAUAUGUCAGUUUCAAGGUUGAUAGUAGUACUGAGUCUGCAGAAGCAGCCUGUGACAUCCUUUCUCAGCUAGUGAAUUGUUCUAUCAAGACACUAGGCUUAAUUUCAACAGCAAAGCCAAGCUUCAUGAAUGUUUCCAAGGCUCACUUUGUAUCAGCGCUGACAGUAGUAUUUGUCAAUUCAAAGUCAUUAUCUUCCAUAAAGAUUGAAGACACUCCAGUAGAUGACCCAUCUUUGAAGGUACUCGUUGCUAAUAAUAGUGAUACGCUAAAAUUGCUUAAGAUGAGCAGCUGCCCUCAUGUGUCACCUGCUGGGAUUCUUUGUGUUGCGGACCAAUGUCAUGGCCUAAGGGAACUUGCUCUUAAUUACUAUCUGCUAAGUGAUGAAUUAUUGCUGGCCCUUUCAAGUGAAAAGCAUGUUAAUCUUGAACACCUCCGCAUAGAUGUUGUGAGUGAAAAUCCAGGACAGAUUGAGUUUCAUGCCAUCAAAAAACAAAGCUGGGAUGCACUCAUUAAACACUCCCCCAAAGUCAAUAUUGUGAUGUAUUUUUUCCUGUAUGAGGAGGAAUUUGAUGCGUUCUUCAAGGAGGAGACUCCAGUAACUCAUCUUUACUUUGGCCGUGCAGUAAGCAAAGCAAUGCUUGGCCGUAUUGGAAUGAAUUGCCCAAGGCUGAUUGAAUUGGUUGUCUGUGCUAAUGGCCUUCAACCCUUGGAUGAUGAGCUAAUUCGCAUUGCUGAACGCUGUAAGAAUCUAACAGCCAUGGGACUUGGUGAAUGUGAAGUCACAUGUCGCGGCUUCAUUGAAUUUGUAAAGAUGUGUGGAGGCAGACUCACCCAGCUCUCCAUUAUGGAGGAGGUGCUUAUUCCAGACAGUGACUACAACCUCGAUCAAAUUCAUUCUGAAGUUUCCAAACAUCUCGGAAGAUUAUGGUUCCCUGAUAUGAUGCCAACAUGGUAAACUGACAAAAGAUGAUUGCGGUCAGAACUGGCUGUACAGAGUGUUGCUUUCUAUGCAAAUAAGGAAUACUAAAUAUGAAAUGUACUGCAGUAUUUUCCUUAAUAACCUGCAUAGUUACAGUGCUAUGCCACAUUAAAGAUGGAAAAGAGUAUAUUGAAGUGUACAGUACAUAUUGACGAUAUGUCUAUUAAGUAAUAAGUGCUUAGUUUAUCCUCCAAUUAAUUGGAGUAUUUUAACUGAUUUGUAUUUAAUUGUUAAGCACUUGGUUUAAUAAAAGGUACUACAGUACUAGCAAUUCUGAUGUAGCUAAAGUUUGGCCUUCUUUGUAAAUUUUUGACCAAUGGAUGUCAGGAGCUUGCAGUUUAAGUGCUGUUUCUCCUGUUUCUUUAAUAAACAGUGGUAAUGUACAAACUUGUAAACAGUAGCAACUUACUGUGUCAAGCUUGAGACCUUACAGUGUAUUAGUACAUUGGCAGAUUAUGAGUUCAUGCUACAGCAGGACAACUAUGUAAAUGUGUGGUGUCAUUGUUUCCUUACUUGCUCUUACAGUAUAAUGUGGUAUGUAAAUAAAACAUUGAUGUGGUGGA